AUGACUAGUCCUAGACCUUCUCUACCUAGAUCUGUUACUGAGAACCUCCAGUCAAGUCCAUCUUCUUUAGUACUGUUUGUAUCUGUUUGGUCAAGUCGAGUUUGCCUCGGUAACAGAACAUUGGUGUCUCUAGAUCUGCUUGAUAGUCUUGGUUGUCGAAUUCAGCCUAUUAGCUCUGUCUGGAUGCUUGCCUUGGUAAAUGCUUCGCGAUUUCUCUGUCCGUACUGUCCUUGUCCGUACUAUCACUUACAUGAUGAUGUUCCAUUGACGAGUGAAAGGUUUUAUUAUAAUAACUAUAGUAAUAAUAGCUCCCCGGAUCCGUAUACACUUAGACGUAGUUUUUCAGAUAUCUCACUACAUAGUAUGUACUCUUCUGGUUCGAAUGAGUUAGGAGAAUCAGUGGGAAGCAGCAGUAACGGCUUGCCGGAGUGGAAAAUAUCCAACUUACCAACUCAUAAAUAUGGGAAAAAACCCAAAUUCAAGUGGUGGUGGCAAAAGAAAAAGAAGUUUGUCGCCAAUGAUACUCAGUGUUCGAUAUGUCUAGUCGACUACGAGAAGGGAGAUAAGAUGAUCACUUUGCCAUGUAAGCAUAUCUACCACAAGGAUUGCCUAUCACGGUGGUUGAAAGAAAACAGGGUAUGCUGCGUGUGCAAACGAGAGGUUUUCUAA